AAACUGGAAGGCAUGGCCCCCUCCACAGACAAAAAGCUGAACGGGCUGGAUAACCCGAGCUUCAUGCACCUCAGCAUCACAGGAUGGCUGACAUGGGAAGGGACCUCUGGGUCAUCCGCUCCAAUCCCUGCUCCAGCAGGGACACCUACCUCAGGCUGCCCAGGAUCAUGUCCAGAUGCCUUUUGAGGAACUCCAAGGAUUAGACUCCACAACCAAUCUGGGCAACCUGUGCCACUGGGUCAGUGGUCAUCCACACAGUAAAGGAAUGUUUCCUGAUGUUCAGAGUGAAGAUGGGAGCCACCACUGUGCCUCACUGGAUCGCGCUGCCCAGGGCCCAAAGGAAGGCAAGAGCAAGGGGCAGAGCAACAGGCUGGCCUACACUGUCACUGACAUACCCCCCUGGUACCUGUGCAUCUUGCUGGGUAUUCAGCAUUUCCUAACAGCCAUGGGAGGUCUGGUAGCCAUCCCACUGAUCCUCUCCAAAGAGCUCUGUCUUCAGCAUGACCUCCUCACCCAGAGCCACUUGAUAAGCACCAUCUUCUUCGUCUCAGGAAUUUGCACCCUGCUUCAAGUCCUCUUUGGAGUCAGGCUGCCUAUUAUUCAAGGAGGAACUUUUUCCUUCUUGACCCCCACCCUGGCCAUGCUGUCUCUCCCCAAGUGGAAGUGCCCUGCCUGGACGGAGAAUGCCACGCUGGUGAACGCUUCUUCACCUGAGUUCAUUGAAGUCUGGCAGACACGGAUGCGAGAGGUGCAAGGAGCUAUCAUUGUGGCUUCUUGCUUUCAAAUCUUUGUUGGAUUUUCUGGCCUUGUUGGAUUUCUGAUGAGAUUCAUUGGCCCCCUGACAAUAGCCCCCACCAUCACCUUGGUUGCUCUGCCUCUCUUUGACUCAGCUGGGGAUAAAGCUGGACAGCACUGGGGCAUAGCAUUCAUGACUGUUUUUUUCAUAGUUCUGUUCUCUCAGUACCUGAAGAAUGUCCCUGUGCCACUGCCAUCAUAUCAGAGAGGCAAGAAGUGCCACUUCUCCCCCAUCUACAUCUUCCAGAUCUUCCCGGUGCUGCUGGGGCUGUCCCUGAGCUGGCUGUUCUGCUACGUGUUGACGGUGACUGACGUCCUCCCCACGGACCCCACUGCUUACGGCCACCUGGCACGGACAGACACCCGCGGGGACGUCUUAUCUCAGGCUCCCUGGUUUCGCCUCCCUUACCCAGGACAGUGGGGAACGCCAACAGUCAGCUUGGCUGGGAUAUUCGGCAUCCUGGCCGGGGUGAUCUCCUCCAUGCUGGAGUCCAUGGGGGAUUACUAUGCCUGUGCCCGCCUGUCUGGUGCCCCACCACCACCGAAGCAUGCCAUCAACCGUGGGAUCGGUGUGGAAGGCAUUGGCUGCCUCCUGGCUGGGGCCUGGGGAACGGGAAACGGCACCACGUCCUACAGUGAGAACGUGGGGGCCCUGGGCAUCACCAAGGUAGGGAGUCGCAUGGUGAUCAUUGCUGGUGCCUGUGCCAUGCUCCUGAGCGGCGUCUUUGGGAAAGCGGGGGCAAUGCUUGCCAGCAUACCCACUCCUGUCAUCGGAGGCCUGUUCCUCGUGAUGUUUGGCAUUAUCACCGCAGUGGGGGUUUCCAAUUUGCAGUACACGGAUAUGAACUCCUCCAGAAACAUCUUUAUAUUUGGAUUCUCUGUGUUUGCUGGACUCACAGUUCCCAACUGGGCAAACAAAAAUCAUAUGCUGCUAGAAACAGAAAUCAUCCAGCUGGACCAGGUGAUCCAGGUGCUUCUCACCACUGGCAUGUUUGUGGGUGGGCUCUUGGGGUUUAUCCUCGAUAACACCAUUCCAGGAACACAGGAGGAGCGGGGUCUCCUGGCAUGGAAGCACAGCCACAAGGGAGAGGUGGACAACUCCCAGCUCAUUUCCAAGGUCUAUGAUCUUCCAUUUGGCAUAGGCACAAAAUACUGUGCUGUCUCUUGGUUUCGGUAUCUCCCUGCUUGCCCCCAAAAACUACCUAGUGGCAAGAAAAUGGAUGAACUGAAGGCUGCUGGACAAGAAAGCAGUGUUAAAGCAAGCUUAGAAAGAGACUCUGAGAUAGGUGCUGAUACAAGGAUAUAAGCACCAGGCCUGAAGAUAAACUCUUCUCUCAAGCAAAGGUAUGAAAAGCAUGUCUGCAGCCCCCAUCAUUUGAACUGGAGCAAGAGAAUGACAAUGCCUUUCUUUUCUUAACUGUCUCCAGUGCCACUGGUGACCUUGAGGGAAUCAUUUUUCUUCUCCCUGCUCCUGCCUGCCCACCUCUAGGAAGGACGCAGUACUGCUUUGGGAAAUGCCUAGGAAGGAUGUUCAGUUUCCUUCCUUGCACUGAGCCUCGGGAACCCUGAGGAACAGUUGUUAGGCUGAAGCAGAACUCUUCCUUUCCCCCUGUUCUGACUGCCCUUGGGGCCACAGGAGAAGGCAUCUCUACCAUGCUUAUGCAUCCUUUGGGCUGAGGUUUAUCCCCUCCACCUUAAUCAUCUGUAAUGGCAAGGUUCACCUCUCAGCUUGUGGUUUACACCUUUUCCUGGCCAAAGGAAAGAAGUGGGCACCUGUAGGCCAUGACUCCUCUCUCUUCUGUGAUGCUUUAAAGUCAAAUGAAUGAUGCUGGAAAAGCAGCAUCUAAGGUUAAUGGGAUGAAUUGUCUUCUGAAGUUGCCUCUCCUUACCUACACUGCAGAGGGAUCUACAGACUCCACUUAGGUUACUGAUCUGUUAGAAACAACCAGCUUUACUGAAAGGAAUUCAGCCGGGAUGCUGGGAGCCAGCUUCCCCAGGGUAACAAAUUGCACAGAGAUGAAGGAAUCUUUAUCAGAGAUGAAGGACAAAACUUCUGCUUGUAGUGUGACAUACCUCUGCUACUGCUAAAUUCUGUGUGUCCCCACUGUCCUUGACUUGGCUUGGUGAUUGUGUAGUGACAGCCACUUCUCUAGAAAACAGCUUGCAGACUCUUGCUGUUUUCUACUCUCAGCACAAACAGCCUUAACCUGUUAAUAAUGUGACUGCACGUGGUGCUGGCUGCUGCUGACAUGUAAUAAUAUUGCUAUAGCAUUAAGCUGUAAUUUCCUGCACUGAGAUUUAUACUUAAAUAUAUU